CUCACUCCAUGCUGUGCCCACUGGGCAGGACUGUGGAGGCUGAGCACCUGGAGGACAGGAGGCAGACUCCCACUCAGAGCAAGGAACCAUGCUGCGCCGUAAACCCUCCAACGCCAGUGAGAAGGAACCCACCCAGAAGAAGAAGCUUUCCCUACAACGAUCCAGCAGCUUCAAGGACUUUGCCAAGUCGAAGCCCAGUUCUCCGGUAGUAAGUGAGAAGGAAUUUAAUCUCGAGGACAAUAUCCCAGAGGAUGACACCGGAGGCCCCAUCACAGAGGAUGCUGGGAGGAGUGCAAAGAAGCUGGGCAAGAAGUGGAGGGCAGUGAUUUCCCGUACCAUGAACCGGAAGAUGGGCAAGACAAUGGUGAAGGCCCUGUCAGAGGGAAUGGGUGAUCCCUUGGAAGAAGGUUCAGCCUCCCCAACCUCACCAGACUGCCCCCUAGAGGGCUUGGCUUCAGAGGUGAUGCCCUUGGCCUUUACUGAACAGGAAGAUGGUGGCCACCUAGCCCUGAGCCGCCAAACAUCCACGAGCAGCGAGCUGGGCAGCCCAGGCCCUGGCACUGUGGGCUGCGGGCAGACCAGCCUGAGGGUGGAGGAGCUGAUGGCCCCGAUGUACACAGGCCCCUUCUGUGGCAGGGCUCGGGUCCACACUGACUUCACUCCCAGCCCCUACGACAGGGACUCGCUGAAACUCCAGAAGGGAGAUGUGAUCCAGAUUGUGGAGAAGCCACCAGUGGGCACAUGGCUUGGGCUGCUUAAUGGCAAACUGGGCUCCUUCAAGUUCAUCUAUGUGGAUGUACUGCCUGAGGAGGCCACGGGGCCUGCCCGGAGAGGCCGUCAACGUCCAAGCAAAGGCAAGAGGCCAAAACCCAAGACCCUGCACGAGCUGCUGGAACGCAUUGGCCUGGAGGAACAUACGUCUACCUUGUUACUCAAUGGCUACCAGACGCUGGAAGACUUUAAGGAGCUUAAGGAAACGCACCUCAAUGAGCUAAAUAUUGUGGAUCCCCAGCAUCGGGCCAAGCUGCUCACAGCCGCAGAGCUGCUGUUAGAUUAUGACACUGGCAGCGAGGCGGAAGAAGGGCCCCAUACGAGCCUGGACCCGGCUCCGGAGCACACGUUGGACUCCAAGGCCGAUAUUCCCCGAGACUCGGGUUGCUUCGAGGGCUCCGAAAGCGGGAGGGACGAAGGCGAGGUGCCAGCAGCAGAGGAGCAGCUGCGCGCCCUGUCUCUGGAGGCAGGGGUGGGGCCGGCGCCCUGAGGCCCCGCCCACGCCGGCCGGGCCACUCGGGCUCCCUCUGCGCCUGCGUAGCCCCGAGCUGCUGCUCUGGGACCGGCCUCCGGGGACUCGGUCCCGUAGUGGCCCCUUGGAAGGAUGGAGAAGACUGAUGCUGCCUCACGGCUCCCAAAGGCCCCCGGGCAGGCCGGCGGCUGACAACGGGGGCCCGCUCCGUGGGGAGCUGCCGUCCCUGACCUUUCCCCGCCCGACCCCGUCCUGGCCUCCGCGGUGGCAGACAGUGGUUCCCAAGCAGGCUAAUUCUGUAGCUCGGUCCCCAGGAGCCAGCCCGGUGCGUGCCUUGGGGGGGCAACGAGGUGCAGUAGGGCCUCGGGUUUGGAAUCGGGCCUCCAUUCCAAUAGCGGCUCUGCCAUCGACUUGCUGUGUGCGCUUAGGGCAGCUGGUUCCGGUUCUGCUCCUCGGUCCAGGGAAGGGAUUGGCUUAGGCCCUGGGUGAUCUCCCCAAAGUUCCCCCUCCUUUGUGCUUGCUCCCUGUCAGUGCAGUUUCUGGCUAUGGGUCCCACUUCUUCCGCUCCCCACCUUCCUGGCCAUCCCUGAGCUGAGAAGCCCGUGUGCUAGAGGGAGCACACAGCCAAGGGCCCUCUGCUCUCUUUUUUCUUUCUUUCCUUCCAGGGGAGGACACUUUAACCUCCCCGUCUGUAGGGUUUAGGCAUUUGCUAUCCCUUCAUUUUUUUGCCCUACAAUUGGAUGAAGUCUUCAGGCAGCCCCCUUCUCCCUAGCCUGGGAGUUAAGGUGAGAGAGAUGUCAGCCUGUUUCUGGCGUCUCAUUAACCAGAGGCAGGCCUAGAGGGAAGAAUUCUGGGACCCACAUGGGACACUCCAAGGAAAUGGGGCAUUGAACGCCAUGCUGUAGGGAGAGAAGGGGUCCAUCCUGGUUCAGAUGUGAAGAUUCCAGAAGGAACAUGGAUCAAGGAAGCCCCCAGAGCACCACCACUUCACAGAGGGCAAAGAGAAGCCUCCAGGGCAGCCAUUCCCCAGCACCAGACUGCCUGGGUUCCCACAAUGAAUUUGGGCUUGUGAGACCCUGUCCCACAACCUAAUCCUGGAGAUUUUAGUGAAAGCUGGCUUGGAGAGGGGAGAGGGUGUCGUGGCAGGAAGGUUUAGGUUGCAAUAAAGCAUGUGGAUAGAAACUA